AUGUCUUGCCAGCCCUUCACUCGCAUCCCCAGUCCUCCCACGGCUCUCGGCUCUUGCGCGGUUCCCGUCGGCGGUUCCAACUCCUCGAUUCUCGACGCCUGUUGCAAUGGCCACAUAAAUGCCAUCGCCACCUACUCCGACCCUAACUCCGACACCAAUUUAGAAGAUGCGGAUGGCUGCUUUCAAUUCUGUAUCACCGACAGCCCAGACAUCGUAAGGACGUGUCUAGCGACGAAGUUCAGUGCAUACGAAAGGGGGCAAUCGAUGUUCGAGUGCUUUAACGGGGGGAGUGCGAGGAAGGGCACUGGGUACAGCAAUGCGGGUAGUGCGAGGCAUGGGCUAGGCUGGGGAAUCAGCGUUGUACUCGGCCUAGGCUUUGUAGGGGCGGUGAUGGGAGGUGUUUAA